AUGCACCCUGCAAUGCUUCUCGCAAUCGUCGCCAUCUCACUCCCCGCCGUCUCCGCCAUAGAGCCAUCCAUUUUGUUUUCCCGUAACACGGUAUCCGGCGGCGGUUGGGCACUCCGGGCAACUUCAUGCGCACCGACUUUCCAACUAUGCGGUCAUAACGACAUGUGCUGCCCGGCAAACACCGACUGCAUCAACUCUGGGACUGGAAACCACUGCUGUGCUCCAGGCACCAUCUGCCGCGACUUGAUUGCCGCAUCACCGCAGUGUGCGGAUGACUCCUGGAGUUUGUGGAAUAGUACAACUGCAAAGAGCGGCCAGGGGUACUUCUGUUGUCUUCCUGGACAGGUUGGCACAAACACUGGAAGUUGUGUUGCGGGUGGGAGCAACGUUGUUCAGACUUUGAGUGCGAGCUUGUUAUCUGGUGCUACAGGAGUGGUCGGGGCAACUUCAACCUCCGUCGCAUCAUUGACUGCUGUCACUGACAAAACUAUCCCUCCGACUUCAUCGCCAACUUCAACUAGCGGUGGAACCACCCCUGCACAGACAAGCGCGACUGGAAAAUCAGAUGCUGCCCCCUCUAGAGUUGUAGAACAGUUGGUCUGCCUUGGACUUGCGGUGGGAAUCGGGGCUUUGUUGAUGUAA